CUUAGGAAAAGAAUUUUUCAAUAUCAUACCAUAACCUGAUGGCUAGAAAAUCCUGGGGCAAGUAAUGGAAAGCAUCUGCUUGAAGGAGACUGGCCAGUAUGUUUGGCGUCAUUCAAAGAAGGGUAAUGGGAGAAGACAUCAGUGAUACAGCCAAAAGGUUUAUGGAAUCAGCAAAUGAGUUCCUGCCAGGGGUGCUUUUGCUAUCUUCAAGGAUAGACAUUAACUCAAGGCAGCUGGGUCCAGGCACUGGAAUGUAAGGUAAUAAUCUGUUUUCCUUGGGGCUGCUGUAUUUUUUUUUUAAUUUGGGUUUUUGUGUUUUUUUAAGAUUUUAUUUUUAAGUAAUCUCUACACCCAACAUGGGACUCAAACUCACGACCCGGAGAUCAAGAGCCUCACUCUCCACUCCAGCCAGCCAGGUGCCCUCGGGGCUGCUGUAUUUUUUAAGUGGACUUACACUUAUCAAAAGAAGUUCUUGUUUUUGAGGACAAACUAGUUUGUCAUUAUGGAUUUUAGUCACCUCUCAGGAGAAUGAAUAUUUUAGAUAUAGUCAUUCAUUCAAAUAUUUUCCAAAUACAUACUAUGUGUUUGGGGUAUAAAGCUGAGGACAUCUGUCUCCUCAAGAAGUUCACAAUAUAACAAAGAAUAAACAUGAAAGCUGACUUCAGUAGGAUCUGAUAAAUUAUCAAAUGGCUGUAAGCAAACUGUUCUGGAAAACACAAAGGUUGUACUUGGGGGAGGUCAAAAAAGAGCUUUACCAAGAUAACAGUUUGAGCUAGGCCUUAAAGUACAGUUGACCUCUGAACAACAUGGCUUUGAACUACAUGGAUGUUUUUCAAUAAAUACAGUAUAGUACUGUAAAUGUAUUGUAACAUACAGCAUAUAAUAUAUAUAACAUACAAAAUAUGUGUCCAUUGACUAUGUUAUUGCUAAGACUUCCAGGUGACAGCAGGCUAUUAGUAAAACUGUUUUGGGGAGAUCACAGUUCUGUGUGGAUUUUCGACUACACAGGGGCUUGAUACCCCUAGCCCCUGGCAUUGUUCAAGGGUCAACUGUAGUUCUUUAAGAGAAGCUAAAAGUAGAACUGGCGAUAUGAGUGCAUUUUUGCUGUACUCAAGUAAUUCCUAGAACACAGGAAUCCAGGGUAUUGAUAAAAAAUAUAUAGUAAGAUUUUUUUGAAAAUGGAUUAUAAAUGGGCCUUGAAUGCCAUACUAAGGGACUUAGCUUUUAUUUGCCCAGGGCAAGACAUCAAGGCUGUUUUUGCAAGGCAGUGAUGGGAGAUGAAGAAAAACUAGACCAGAAGUUCUUAACACGUUUUCUGCCAUGAACCCAUUUUUGCAAUCUUAUGAAGCCCCUGGACGCUUCUCAGAAUAAUGUUUUUAGGUGCAUAAAAUAAAACGUAGGAUUACAAAGGACACCAACUAUAUCAAAAUACAGCUAUCAGAAUAUUAAAAAUGAGUUACACAGGAAUACUUGUGUUUCUUAAAGGAUUAAAUAACAUAAUCUAGCAGCAGCUCUAAUAACUACCAUAAUUUUAAAGUAGUAAUGAUCAUAAAAGGUAUUUCAACAUCUGCAACAGCUGUUACGUGGUAAAAUACCUGUGUUUCUGCUGGUGGCAAGGUCACAGGGCCUGCCAAUACUACUGGGCUCCGUUGCCAACAUUUAAAAUCCAAAAAAAGUGCAAAAUUUCAGUUAGAGGUUUAUGAAAAUCAAGAAGCAACUUUUUUCCCCUGUUCAUGUUUGCAAUUCUUAGUCCUUGCUGGACUCCUGAAUUCAAAGCAGUGUAGAGAGAGACUGGUUAGCAGGCUGUUAAAAUAGGCAGGACACGAAGCAAGAAGAACCUGUAGUGGGGGUGGCAAAGGAGCAGGUUGGAGAGACAUCUGGGAAUUUGACUUGGUUUCCCCCAACCCUCAGUGAGGGACUCCUCAGGGAGGAAUUUGGGGGUAACACACGGUCUGGCCAGACAGGCUCAGGAAGUAAAGUAGCAUAAACCCUCGCAUCAACUGUCCACGUUGCCGUAGAGUUUCAUUCACAGGGUCAACUAGUAUUUAUUCCCUUCUGUGGCUGGUACAAGGAAUGCAGCCGAACAGACCUGGUUCUUGCUUUCAUGGAGCUUGCUGUCUCGUGGAGGAAACAUGAUUAAGCAAAGCUAAGUCGAUAGGCUAUCACCGUUGGGCUCAAAAGCAGGAAGAGAGUGGUGGUUCUGCAGAGACUGCUGGCAGGGAGUAGGACCUAUUUUAGACUGUGGGGUCAGGGAAGACCUCUCCAAGGAAGUGACUGUUAAGAUGAGAUCAGAACAACGAGUAGGACUUAGGUUAAGGAGUCAGGAAAAGAGCAUGAAGCCCAGCCUCUGUCGGUGCUGUAGAGGGGCUAAAUGAAAAUCAGGGGAGGUAAGCAGAGGAAGCUUGGGGAAGGGUGGCAAAAGGCAGACAGGAGUUAGACCACAGAAGGUCUUUCAGCCAUCCUAAGGACUUUGAGUAUUGAGUGCAAGGGGACACCACUGAAGAUACCAAAGAGGGAAGUGAUAGAAUCCAGUUUGUGGUUUUCAGAAAUUCUUCCGGCUGCUCUGGGAAGAGUGGGUUGUAGGGAGCAAAGCAUUGAAAUAGGGAGGGAAGGUUUGGCUGUGGCUGAACCCCAGGAGAGAUGCUGGUGGAGGCCGGAAGGAGAAUGCAGGGGAGGAGAGGAUGCAGCAAAGCUCCGUGGGCGGCAGAAGGAACAAGAUGAGUGACAGCUAGAGGUAGGAAGGUGGGAGGAGAGAGGGCAGCUGUGCACAAAUCUCAGCUUCAAACAGAUCCAUAGAGGCGCCAUUUGUUGGGAUGGAAAGUCUAGAAGAGGAGCAGACGGGGCAGGCAGGAGUGUCUACAAAUCAGAGAUCUCUGUGGGCACGUUCAUUUGAGAUGCAGGAGGGCAGGUGUUAAAUAAGCAUCUAUAUAGCAACAAUUCUAAAGCUUAAAGAUAGGUCUGGACUCGGGGUGACAUUUAUGAAAGACCCCUAAGGAGGCGCUCAGUGUCGGCCCCUUCCCCUCAGAUCCUGGCACGGAGCUACAGGCACAAAGACCCUGCCAACUUCUACCAUCCCCACUAAAGAUUUCACUCUUUGAUCCUUGGCCCUGCCGUCAACUUUGACUAUUUCUUUGUUCUGCCCUUGAUACCAAAACAGCAUCUGGACCCUGGUGCAACUUUCCGGUCGGCUUAAAUCAGGCAGUAUCCCUAAAGGUGUUCAGAGCAUUUAACUUGCAGAGCUUUCUGGAGUGGGAUUUCUGCAGGGGGAGAUUUGCAUCUAUAAAGAUGCUAAACAGCCUUGUGCCUUCCAGUGAAAUGCUGUCUGUUUAUCACGGACGAUUUUAUAGCAAAUAUAAUUGGGAUAUUUACUGAUUGUUUCUUAGAACUGGAAGAAAAUAACAGGACAGACCAAGGGAAUUGCGACGACUAAACAUGCUAACGACACAGGGGAAAGGGCUAUAAAUUUUAGAAAACGAAAUUGUGAUCAUGCAAAGAAGAGGUUUCACUGUAGCCUGAAGAUCUGACCCAUGGCUAAAUGGGGCCAAGAUUAAUCAUGUCUUGGUCUUAUACAUAAGCCGAAGGAUCUUUUCUAAAGAUCAUGUCUAUUAAAGCAGGGAAGACUUUUCUGCAGGUAAUACCAUAAUGAGCUGCAGGCAUUUAAUGAGAGACAAGUGCUAUUGUUAAAGGGGUAACCUUCAGCAUCUAAUCUGGAAACGAAGUGGGCUUGCUUGCUCUGCAAAAUGAGGCCCCAGUUCAGUCCACGAGAUGAAGAGGACACUCACAUUUCUAGAUGCUCCGGUGCAGGCAAAACUGAAAUCUUUUGGGUGAGGGAGAAAGGUGUUUGUUUUUGUUUUUAUCACUAGGAAAGGACUUUACAUGUUAGGAGUAAGGCCCUGACUCCAGGCUGCAGGCCUAGAGGCUUCUAAAGGCAGUCAAAUAAAAACAGCAUUCAGGAAAAAGACAGCCUAAGGAGCUUGACAUUUUUCCCAAAAACCUCCGAGGAAUAGAGAGCGUUCUGAGGAGAGGAGCCUUGGCUUCCAUCUCUGUCCCCGUGGCUGUCUCCGGCAAGGGGGACUGCUUGGCAAAAAAAAAUCACCAGUGUGACACCAGAAAAAGUGCCAUCUCACCCUGUCCCUUGGUCUCCAGCCCCCAGAAGUCUCUCGUCCAAGGAUUUAUGUUGUGUCAGCUCUCACUUCGAUAUGCACUAGAAAGUGCCAGGAUGCAAGCCUGACCCUCCUUCCCCCAAACAGUUAUGCGGACAGGAUGCUGCCUCCCGUCCUGGCCCCCGCUGCACCAUCCUGCCCCACUUGCUGCUUCUCACAGUCCCCGGAGACAGAAGGCAGUAAGUAGGGGCAGGAAGGGAGCUUGCACGGUCUCAGAGGCGGACACCCUCUAGAUGCCUGAGCCCCAGCUGCUUUGCCAUGGGCCUGCCUUUCUCGGUAGGAGCAAAGGGAACCUCCAGCUUCCCCCGAAUGUCCCUUUCUUAAACCUGCAGCAGCACAAAACAAGCCAGUUCAUUGUGUUCUUGGAUAUAAAUAUUGAUUCUAGGUGGUGUUAACAUUCUGUUCAUAAAAGAAUGUAACACAUUUCUCCCACACCAUAUUAGACUGAUGUGUUGUUUGGCCAAGAGAAGUACAGAUUGCUGGCUUCUGCGGGGAAAAUGUGGACAUUUAAAUGCAUGCAGCUUGCGGACGUCUAGGGAGCAUUCUGGGAAUAGCAACCAGGUCCCUUCCUGGGUUCCGGCUCUGCCCUCCUCCGGUCAGUCUCUCCUCUCCCAGCUCCAUUGUUGGCAAAUGUCACUGGCAUUUCUAAUCGCUUGUCAUUUGGGAAGAUGCUUUCUUAGAAUUAGAUCUUGUUUCUCAAGGAAAUGUGAGCAGUUGCUCUCUUCAGGAAGCCCACAGGGGCAAGGCCAAACAUCUUUAGCUUUCUUCCCCUAGGGGAAAUACCUGGGAGGUCCUGCUCUUCUGUUUUCUUUUCCCCCCUCCACGUGGGAGGGAAGGGCAAAGGCUUCAGACCAGAGGUGGUCCCUCCAAGCAUUCCACCCAGGCUGAACCAAGCCCAAGACUCCAAUGUGCUGGCUGCCUUGGCAAGGCGAAUUCCCCACAUUCCACCAGUGCUCUUGAGGGGGAAACUGAACUAAUGAGAGAGUGGAAUUCUUGAUGUGUAUGCUCGCUCACUCGGUGCCAGCACGUCUCACACGGACAGAUCCUCGUCCAGCAUUUCGUAAGAGUGGUAGAGCCCAUUUCCAGAUGUGUGGGAGAGUUGCCCAAGACGGAAGGCCGUCGGGAGAGCCGGCGCCCUCUGCUGUUCUGGCCGGGAAGCACCAUGACGGUGGGGAGGGACCUGGGGGCUCAAGAAAGCUGGCAGCUCAGAUCAAGCCCACAGCAGGCCCGCGCUACUCUGAGGAGGGCCUGCGGCUCCUUGCUAGUCAAACGUUGAGUCUGCAAGGAGCUGGCUUCCCUCCGUCUAGCUGGCUCUCUUUAUGCUUCGUGGUUAUGGACAAGCCAGAAAUGAAGAAGAUUUAUAAUAAAACCCCAGCCUCCCCCAGCAUCCGCUGGUCCUGUUCCCGAGAAGGUGCAGAACAGUGGUGCUGCAGCUGCCCGCGAACCUGGCCAGCAGGCCCAGGCAAGGCGAGGCAAGGAGGGCAGCCUGCCCAGGGAGAGACCGCCCGCCCAUCCGCGGCCCUCCGGCCACACCCUUGCCUAAGAAUGCAGCUUCCAGAGGCCUUGCUGGCUCCGAAGGCUUCAGCCGAGGGGAGGUUGCCGCCGCCCCCACUCAGGCAUACUGGCAGCCCCAAGGGGCCUCCAGAGCUGGCACAGCCGAGCGCCCAGCUCCGUUUACAAGCUGAGGCCGAGCUGCCGCCCCCUCUGCUCGCCGCCUGCCAAGACAGCAACACAGCAGUGGGUCCCCCGCUGGCUCCAGGGCCCAGCCUGCGGCGGCAGGGGAGACAGACGGAGGGAGAGGGAGAGAAGCAGAGAGCGGUGCUGGUUAAAGAUGACGUGGAUGUGUUCAGCUACAAUGGCACCGUUGAGUCCUUGGAACAGAGAACAUAUGACCUGCAGAGCCUAAAAUAUUUACUCUCUGGAUGUCUACAGAAGAAGACUGCUGACCUCUCGCUAUGGGCUGAUGCUGGAAGAGCCCUCCAGGGCCAGGGUGAAGAUGAAGCCUCUGCUGGGGCUGAUUCCUGAAGCCAGUGGCCGCUCAGAAGCAUUUCCCCUCCAAGCAGGGGCUCAGGGCUGCCCGGGCCCCAGACGCCCGGCCAGAUGGAGUGAGGGCCCAGCAGGACCAUGUCUGCGCAUCACUGUGAGCCCAGUGGGCGAGGCCUUAGGGCUCUGCAGCGCACCAGCACACCCUCGGCUUCCGCAGCCGCGGGCGGGAGAACCGGGGAGACACACUGGCCUCUGCAUCCUCACCAGGCCAUUGUUCCAGAAACUCGGGACAGCUCCUCUGGAUUCACCAGCUAGAGAAACGUGAUGGGAAUAAGGACACAAAGCAGGCUGCUGCAGGGCCUGUGGGCUCCGAGGCUCGGAGGCAGAAGCCUGAGGUUGCACGGAAGCGGGUGGUGGAGCCACGCCGGCGAUGGCCCGUACCUCCUUCUUGACACUUGCUCUCUUCUUGAACAGGCCAUAGAGCUGCUAUUUCCAAAUGCAAUCAUUUCCGUCUUCUGGUUCUAACUGGCUCCCAAGACAGCUCUCCUGAAAUUGAGAGCCAGGGCACCUGUCCCCCGGAGUCUGCAAGCCGCUGGGAUAAAUGUCCCGUUUCUUCACCAUUUUGGCCUCCACCUACAGUUGCUAGAGUUAGCCAAAAAAAGUAAUUAGUUAAUUAAUUAAUACAGGACACCCAGUUAAGUUUGAAUUUCAGAUAAACAAUGAAUAAUUUUUUAGUAUAAGUACAUCUUAUGCAAUAUUGGGGACAAGUUUAUACUAAAAAAAAUUCCUUGCUGUUUUCUGAGAUUCAAAUUUAACUGGGUGUCCUGUGUUUUAUCUAGUAACCCUAUGUACAACCUGCUUCCCAUUCUGGCUAAACCCUCUCUGGAAAGUGCUGGAGAAGUUUCAGGAACAUCCCAGGGGUUCGCGUUUGCGUCAGGGUGUCCUUCACAGCAGGGCAUCCGCCCUCCCCUGCAGGAUCGCUUCCCUCUGAGCCAGUGGUUGGUGUGCGAUGGAGCAGGGCAGAGAGUGCCUCUCCCGCCAGGCUUCAGCUCUGGACUGGCCUCUGAGCCCAGACGGUGUUUCUUGUCCCUGCACUUCCUUUCCGGCUGAAGCGGGAGCCUGCCCUCUUGAUUCCUCCUCUUUCUUACUAUUCUUUACCGCCACUCAGCCACUUUGCCUUUGUUGCUGAACAUCUAGAACACAAUUUAUUCUUCUCUUCCCCCGAAGUGGGAGUCCUGGGAAGGGAGCCAAGGAUUUGAGAAGGGCCACUGCAAGGCAGAGCUCCACGUGGAGUGCCCUCCCCCCCACUCCGUGUUCUGAUUUUCCACCUGUAGCAUGGGUGUGACCCGCUGGACGCCCCGAGCAGUGGUCCCCAGGCCCCUGCGGGAGUGGUCGCUGCAGGAGGAAGUGUUCUAAAGAUCCCAGGCUUGGCCUCCGUGGGCAUGUGUUCAGUGCCCACUCUACACCAGCCACGAGCUUGGUGGGCACCUCCACACCAGGGCUGCCGAGGGACAAAGGCAGAGAGGCCCCUUCCUCCUCCUCCUCCCGCCCCUCCCCCUCUGGGAGGACAGAGGCCAGCCAGGCGGGGCACACACCAGCUCUGGGGAAGCCAGUCCCAUGACAGACCUCUCCCCAACAUCUCCCUUCCCUGGGCCUGGGGGGUGCUCCCCUGCUGCAGGCUGAGGGAAGGAUCGUGUGAAAGUGAUCCAUCAGGAUGCGCUCCGUGGAGAAGGGAACAGCAGAAGAAUGAGGACGUGGGACAGGGAAGCAAAGAAAAGGAAGUCGAGCCAGAGCGUGGCACCAAGCAAAGUUGCACAGAGGGUGACUUUGGCCCAAUCCCAUGGGAAGCCCAGGGACACCUCAGAGUUGUCCCAAUCACGGGCGAGGGAGCUGGGGUGCUGACAGCUCUGCACUGCUGGUCCUUGGGGGCGGUAGAUCUCCAGGCACUUCCUGUGCUGGGUGCAGGCGGAGUGGUUCUGGAAGCCUGGGGCUGGCCUCCAACACAGGGCUUAAAGGCACAGGGGCAGACUAAGGCAGGGGGAACUGAGGAGGGAAGGCGUGGGGGCUGGUGCUGGGUGCGGGAAGGCAGAAGGAGGGAGGGGCAGGUUGAGUGCCUUUGGGCGGCCCACCCAAAGCUCACCUCUGUGAGUCUGAGUUCCCUCAGGAAAAAGCUUCCCUAAAAAAGCCAGUACCACCCAGCCCUGGCGCCCCACCCCCACUGUCUCCAGUUCCAAAGCUAUUUCUGUUUUACUCGAAUAACAAUAAGCCCAUUGUGCACACUUCCUGACUACACUGCUCAGAAUGGCCCAGAGGAGAGGGGCAGGUCCCAGGUCAGAGGGCCCACCUCAGGCCUUGCACUCAGACUGAGCCUGCAUGUGGGAAAAGACCCCGGCUCCCAGGCUUGGCCACUGCUGUUCCACGUCUGAUGCAGCGGCUGCCAGGGUUGUGCUGUCAGGGUCCGCUUCUGGUGAGAGCUGCAGAAAGCUGAGGACCCGCUGGGGACUUCGUGAGCACCUGAGGGGCACCAGAUCCUGCGCCAGGCCCUUUGCAUGCCUUAUUUCAUUUCCCUCCUGCCCCGCCCCACAAUGUAGCUACGACCAGCCCUUUAUUCAGAUAAGGAGACUUGAGCGUCUGAUCUGAAUGGAUGGGCAUGGCUGCUAAGCAGUGGUGUCAUGUUCAGAUCCAGGCCCGCCGGCCCCCACGGCUAGGAGCUUUCUGCGCCUCCCAGGUCCUGUUGCCGGGAGUCCAUGCCGGUGUCCGUAAGAGGUAAAGGCACCAAGCUAGGACGGGGUGGGCCAGGCCCUGUAGUUGCCUGGGCACCAGCAAAGCAGGGGCACACCCAAAUGAGAAGUUUUGGAGAAAUCAUUCAUUUAAAAAAAUCAUCUCAGAGUCAUAAUGGAAAAAGACCAUUGUAGGACUUCCUUACUCUUAUUUUGUGGUUUAGGACUAGCUUUAUUAUAAUUUGCACAUGAGAAGUGGGGGGUACCUUAUUCUUUUCCGGACUUAGGGCUCCUAAGUAGAGAUCUUCCUCUGCCCCUGGGACCCGUUUGUUCACUUAGCACAGAUGAACGGUGUACCUCCCAUCAGCCAGGCCUGUGCCCUCCAUCAGGGAUACAGCAGUUUCCACUUUCCACUUCCCCAACUGCUCUUGGGAACGAUCAUACAUACUGACAUGCAUUAUACACUGUAAAGAGCUGUGCACUUCACCUCCAAGAGCCAUGGGCUUUCUUCCUCUCCACCUCCCUCAACAUGAAGCCAUCCCAUGACCAGACAGAAUGACUCCUUCCUCUGAAUACACAUGGUGCUCCAGCUGGGCCUCCUGCGGCUGCAGACACCCUUUGCUGAACGUGACAGCAGUUCGUUCAGGCUCCCAGGGUAGAAAUCAGUCCGAUUCCCCAGCAUCCAGUCCAGGCCCACCUAUGUGGCAGUCACUCUGGAAAUACCUCUCGGUUCAAGCACUCUGAAUUGGGUUGACCUCCAUCACUAUAGAGCCGCAGGGGGGCAUGGGUUUCUAAGAGCAGGAUGGGGUCACCUGCACAGGUGGGAGAACCAGGGGGACACAUUAGCCUCCGCACCCGCACCGGGCCAUGUUCCUAAGGCCUCCCGAGGCUGGGAGGCAGGCCGAGCUCUUGUCGCCUGGCUACCCAAGCAUGGCCGAAACCCAGUGCUGCACCUAAGCCCAGGCUUCAUUUGGACAGAGACGCCGGUCCCCUUCUUGGAUGGCCCUGAGUGGGUGGAAGGCCUGGAACACAGUGGCAGGCAAAACCCCUCCGACUCCAGUGGCUGAGAUGAAGGGAAACCUCUAACUCAUUUGCUAAAAUGCAGCUUAAAUGUAUUGGGGGUAAGGAGGUUGCUCUCAGCUAAGAGCUUCUACAUCAGUUAUGAAUCUCUUCCAAUUUCCAGCCUGACCUUGGACAGACCUGCCCAGGUUCCCCAGGCUGGCGUGGGGAGGCCCAAGGCCCCAGCAUCAUGCCUAACCUCGCCAGGUGCAGGGUCUCUGGGUAGGGUUCAAGUGCUGGGCGGGCCCAGCAUGGCAAGGCUGCCUCCAGCAGGCGUCUAGGCUUACAAGUGUGGAGCCAGAACAGACUGGCUCAUUGGGGGCUGGUGUGCAUCCCUGCACCAGGGUCCUGCCCAGGAGCUUCCCAGGAAGCAGAAGUCACAGCCCUGGGGGCCAUUAAAGGCAAGUCCCUGAGCUUUCAGCCAAUUACGUAGGACAGAAAUGCAGAGAAGCUGUCCACACACUCUACAAAACCCAGCACCGCCCUUGCUUACUUGCUUCCUUCCUCCCUGAAUAAUUGAAUAAUUCACUCCAAAGCCAUUAGGUCUCCUUCCCCUUCCCCAAUACAUACUGAAGGCAGCAAGAGGGUUGGCAUGGAGCAGGGAGAUGGCCAAGUGAAGUGGUGGCCACGAGGUCAAGAGAUUGGCUACUUACAAAGGGAUCAAGCAAUAAGUAAACUCAUCGAGGAUGGUGGGAGCCAGAUUUCUCACUGUUGGAGAAGGAAGGUGCAAACAUGGAAAGGGAAGAAGCUAGAAUGAAUCCUGUGGUGGUGGGUUGGAAAUAGAGGUAUUGAUGUGACUUAUGGUUUUCAAUAUAUUGAUAUAGAAAUAUGUAUAAAUAUAUAUACAUAUGUACCCAUACUAUAGCUCUGACCACUAACAGGGCCCGGGAAGACAAGCCCCCCCAAAAGCAAUGAGCAAAUCUAGAAGCCAAAUCUGUUUGUAAAUGCCAUUCUCCACUAAAAGGAACCAGGGCUCUUUGGAAAAAGGGCUGAUGCCAGGGCUGGGUCAGGAGAAGUAGACCCUCUGAAACAUCUUAUCAUUUCAGACAGAAAGCAGUCAGAGAAUGAUGGAGACAUGUCGACAGGAGACAAGAUACUAUCCAGAAUAUAUAAAGAAUUCCUACACACAAUGACAAAAAAUCAAACGACCCAGUUAAAAUACAGGCAGAGGACUUGAAUAGAUAUUACUUCAAAGAAGAUAUACAAACAGCUGAGAUGUCUGUGUGGCUCAGGCAGUUAGGCGUCUGCCUUCAGCUCAGGUCAUGAUCCCAGGGCCCUGGGAUCGAGCCCCACGUCAGGGUCCCUGCUCAGCGGGGAGUCUGCUUCUCCCUCUGCCUGCCGCUCCCCCUGCUUGUGCUCAAUCCCUCAUAAAUAAAUAAAUAAAUAAAUAAAUAAAUAAAUAAAUAAAUAAAUAAAUAAAUAAAAUCUUAAAAAGAGAAGACAUACAAACAGCCAAUAAGCAUAGGGAAAAAAUGUUCAACAUCAGUAAUCAUUAGGGAAAUACAAAUCAAAACCAUAAUGAGAUACCACCUCACAUGAAUUAGGAUGGCUAUUAUCAAAAAACAGGAAAUAAUGAGUGUUGGCAAGGAUUGAAGAAAUUGGAACACUUUUCCACUGUUGGUGUGGUCACUAUGGAAAGCAGUAUGGUGGUUCCUCAAAAAAUUGAAAAUAGAAUUACUAUAUGAUCCAGCAGUUUCACUUCCAGGUAGCUACCCAACAGCAUUAAAAGCAGGACUCAAAGAAACUCAAAGUAUGCUCAUGUUCCUAGCAACAUUAUCCACAACAGCCAAAAGGUGGAAGCAACCUCGGUGUCCCAUGGACAGAAAAUGAGGUCUGUGCAUAUAACUGGAUAUUAUUCAGCCUUAAAAAGAAGGACAUCCUCACAUAUGCUGCAACAUGGAUAAACCUCAAAGACAAUAUGCUAAGUGAAAUAGGUUAGUCACAAAAGGACAAAUACUGAACGAUUUCACUUCUGUGAGGUGCCGAGGAGUCCAAUUCAUAGACACAGAAUAAGGGUGGUUGCCAGGGACUGAGGGAGUGACCAAUAGGGAGCUAUUGUUUAAAGGGUACAGAGCUUCAAUUUUGUAAGAUGAAAAGAAUCUGGAGAUGGAUGGUGGUGAUAUGACGUCACAAUGCCAAUGUCAUCGAUGCCACUAAAACCACACACUGAAAUGUUUAAGCCGAUCGGUUUUUAUCUUAUGUGUAUUUUAUCACAAUUAAAAAUAUGUUCUUAGAGGACACAACAGUCAACUCGAAAGGCUUCUGAUGGCCAAGUCUGGGACAAUUUGAGCAUCAGAAUAAAUAGUGAUAGAAUCCAUUGGUCCAUAUUAACAUAAAGAAGUAAAUGAAUAGGGUGCCUGGCUGGUUCAGUUGAUGCGACUCUUGUUCUCAGGGUUGUGAGUUAGAGCCCCAUGUUGGGUGUAGAGAUUACUUAAAAAUAAAAUCUUAAAAAAAGAAGAAGUAAAUGACUAGACACAAGGGAAGAACAGAAAGCUCUUCCUUAGAGUAGAAUGCCACUUGAAAACUAGAGACAAAAUCAUGGAAUCUGAAAACCAUUAUUUUGCAACCAUUGUAGAAAUAGGCAAGAAUCAUCCAUGGAUGCUGAAACUGUUGGGUGAAAUUUUCAUGAGAAAGACGAUAUUUACACAAUCUCAAACUCUCUUCCUGCAAAAUAUUUAUUAAUUACUUAUAAAUUGAUAAGUGCAUUAUACUUAUUAAUUUAACAGUGAAGAAGCCCAGCAGACAGCAUCUUAACCAAGUGUUAAAAGUUAACAUCCCCAGUAGUGGGACAUAUUGACUGUGUACAAGAUGUUAGGAUGCAUGGGAAGCACACAGUGUCCCUUCUGUGCUAUUCCUGCCAAAAACGAGUAACAUCAGAUAAACUCAAAUUGAGGGACAUUCUACAAAACAACCAGACUGUAAUCUUCAUGAGUGUCAGAGUCAGGAAAGGAAAGAUUGAGGAACUGCCUCAAACUGCAGGAGGCUAAGGAAGCGGGACAACUAAGUGUAACACGUGAGCAUGGAUUGGACCCUUUGGAUAUGAAGGGCAAUGAUUGGGAUCAUUGGCAAAAUUGAAUUGGGUCCAUUGAUUAGACAGUAGUAACAUAGUGCCCUGAUUUCACUGGUUGUAAUGUGGUUUUGGUGAGAGAGUGUAUGCCCUAACUUAUUCUCAAAUGGUUCCAAAAUAAUUUCUUUCUUCUUCUUCUUCUCUCUCUCUCUCUUUUUCUUUCUUCCUUUUUUCUACCAAUAUAUCUCCUGUGUGUCCCACUCCUGGGGACAUACUAAAUAGACAUAAGUGCUUAUGUCUACCAAAAGUCAUGUAGAAGAAUAUCGAUAGCAGCGUAUUUGUCAUAGCCCCUGUGGUUAAGAACUACCUGUGGUCAGUCUGCUCAGGCUGCCAUAACAGAAACCACAGACCGAGGGGCUUCAGCAACAGACAUUUGUUUUCUCACAGUUCUGGAGCUGGAAGUCCAAGAUCAAGGUACCAGUAGGGUUGGUUUCUGAUGAGACCUCUCUCCUUAGCUUGCGGGUGGCUGGGACAAUUUGAGCAUCAGAAUAAAUAGUGAUAGAAUCCAUUAGUCCAUAUUAACAUAAGCAUAACACCUUAGCUUGCAGGUGGCUGCCUUCUUGCUAUCCUGGGGGCCUCAUCUCGAUGUGCUAGCACUCCUCGUGUCUUUUCCUCUUCUUAUAAGGACACCAGUCCUGUUGGAUUAGGGCCCCACCCUCGUGGUCUCAUUUAACCUUAGUUACCUCCUUAGAGGCCCAAUUUCCAAAUACAGUCACACCGGGGCUAGGGCUUCAACCCAUGAAUUUGGGGGACAUACAAUUCAGCCCAUAGCACUACCCAAAUGCCCAUUACCAGUGGAAUGUAUACAUAGGGUGUCUUUGUACAAUGAAAUACUACACAGCAACAAGAAUGAACAAAAUACUAACACACAUAACAGAAUGGAUGAGUUUCACAGACAUAAUGUUGAACAAAAGCAUCCAGACACAAAAGAACACGCAGUAUAUGAUUUCAUGUCUAUGAAGGUCAAGAACACAAAAAGCUGAUCUACAGUGCAGUUUGUCAAAUGAUGGAGUGGGAGGUCUGCCUGAAAGGAGCAUGAGGGAGACUUCAGGGGUACCCAAAUGUUCUCUGUCUCAGUCUGAGUCGUACACAAGGGUGCUCACGUGUGUAAAAAUCAAACCGAAAAUGUAGAAACAACCCACGCGUGCACUGACCGAUGAGCGGAAGAGCAACCGGUAUGCAUGUAGAGGGGACUAUUAUUCAGCUUUAAAAGGAAAGCAAUUCUGCCAUCCCUAUUCUAGUCUGGAUGAAAUCUUAAGGUCAUGAUGCUAAAUGAAAUAAGCCCGUCAUGCAAGACAAAUACUGCUUGAUUCCACUUAGAUGAGGUGCCUAGAGCAGUCACAGAGAGACAGAAAGUAGAAUGAUUGCUGCCAGGGUCUGGGGGGUUCAGGCAAAGGAGGAGGUACUGAUUAAUGGGUACAUGGUUUCAGUUUUACCUGAUGAAAGAGUCCUGCAUGUGGGUGGUGGUGAUGGUCCUACAACAUUAGGAAUGUAUUUAAUACCACUGAACUGUACGCUCAGAAAUGGCCACCAUAGUAAACGUUAUGUUAACUAUUAUACUGCAAUAAAAAAUUGGACGGGGCGCCUGGGUGGCUCGGUCAUUAAGUGUCUGCCUUCGGCUCAGGUCAUGAUCCCAGGGUCCUGGGAUCGAGCCCCACAUGGGGCUCCCUGCUCGGUGGGAAGCCUGCUUCUCCCUCCCCCACUCCCCCUGCUUGUGUUCCCUCUCUCUUUGUGUCUCUGUCAAAUAAAUAAAAUCUUUUUUAAAAAUUGAAGAAAAAAAUCAAAGUGUAGCAUAAGAUGUGUAUGGUAAAUUGUAUAAAACCCAUAUUUCCUAUAAAAAAAAACACACAAAGAAAUGUGGAGGGUAGUGAGCUGAAAUGUGAGGAGAGUGUAUGGUAUGGGGAGGGAAUAGGAGGGCUUGCGGAAAGAGGCUGGAAGGGAGGCAGGCUGGCCCUGGUCCCAGGCCCUGGCAGUGAGCUUGGAUUUUUUUCCUUGUAAGGAGUUUGGAUUUUCCCUCAAGAGCAAUGGGAAGCCAUCGAAGUGGUGUAAGCAGGAAGUGACAUGAUCACACUGCAUUAUAUCUUAUUUUAUUUUUAAAGAUUUUAUUUAUUUGAGAAAGAAAGAGGGUGCGGAGGGGUAGAGGGAGAGGGAGAAGCAGACUCCCCGCAGGGCACUGAUCCCCCCAACCCCCACUCAGGCUCCAUCCCAGGACCCUGAGGUCGUGACCUGAGCCAAAGUCAGAUGCUUAACUGACUGAGCCACCCACGAGCCCCCACACUGCAUUUUUAAAGGCCCUUCUGGCUGCAGAGGGCUCUGCAGACUAGAGGGACGGGAGCGAGGGCAGGGUGUAAACGUAGCCGCAGCAGCUAAUCACUGCCCGCCCCAAGCCUCUAUUGCUAAAGUUCUAACCCUGUGGCCUGGAACGUGAGAACAGGCUCAGGCUUCCAGGACAGAGUUGUGUACCAUGUGGCUAAUUUAGCCUGCCUGAGACUCAGUUUCUUCAUCUAUAAAAUGGGGCUAAUGCCUUUCUAAUAGAGUUGUUACACACGGUAACUGAGAUGUUGAACGUAGAACACUUAGCCUAAUGUCUGGCACUGGUAGAUGGUUAGCAAAUAUUUCCUUCGCCCCAUCCCUUCACCCCCCUCACAAACACGUGGUCUGGCCCUGCCCUCUGCAGUCAGAUCUUCCUAAGGAUCUUGGGCUGAGCAGCUAGUCCCAACACAGUGUGAACUGGCAUCCAGAGUUUUUACUUUGGCGGGAGCUCUUGGAGCUGAAAAAGUCUUCGGUUCCCUAAGGAAGGGAGUCCAAAUGGUAGAAGUCGGCCGGGGAGACCCUGUGGGCUCAGCCUUCCACAGGUGAGCAUCUGUGAUCAACUCUGAUUCUAUCACCCCAUCCCAACCUCUCUCAAAAGCACCAGUGGCUCCCCAGCCAUUACCCACGGGAUAAAAUUCCACCUCGUCAGCCAGGUUCUCAAGGCCCUUAGUGAUCUAGCCCCUUCUGCCCUCAUCAUUCAUGCCAUGAAACUGCCCCAGGCCCUCUGCUCUGUGUCUGUGCCCAGGCCGUAACCUGGGUCUGGAACACCUUCCCUCACCCUCGGCUUAUCCCCAUUACUUAUCAGCCUUCUUGUUAGAGGCCAUCUGGGGCUCUCCCGGAAUACACUUUGCAGUCGUUUGUGUCUAUGUUUCCCCAUAGGCUCCAGGCACCUGGUGGCAGGGUCCACGCCUGAGCCAUCUCCAGGACACUCGCCACAGAGCCUCGCCCAGUGGCUUGCACAGGGCCACAGCUCAACGUCUCCUUGGAGAGAAUGAGAGCUGGGCUUCUAAACCCAAGCCUUGCCCAGAUCAGAGCAGUACCGAAGGUUGGAAAAGCGGGGCUGCACUGCUCCCAUGGGAUCCCGGGGGGAGUUCCAGAGCUCCCCCAGGGAUUCUAUGCUUUUGUCCUUGGCGCACAGGCAGCUUGGCGGCUAUUUGCUCCUCCCUUUGGCCAUUCUCAAUAUGUAAAGACAGUGCGUCUAUCUCCCAUCUGCUGAACUGCUUGGAUGAUCUCAUCCGGCACUGCCCAAAAGAGCCCUGAAACAGCAGCUUGCAAAGUGCCCCAGAGAUGCUGCAGGUGAUGCCUCUGCCCACUUCCUUCUAGAACCCAGCCUCCGAUCACACAGCAACGGACCAAGCCAAAUGCCCAUGACCAUUCUCCUGGGCCCAUCCAUUGCUUUUUUGUCCAGGCUUUGCCUCGGUGAUAGAGAAGAAAGAUGGAGACAGUCAGGGAAAGCUUCUGGUGGAGAAAGCCUCAGAUGUUGUUGAAGGAGGGAAGAGAUGCGGGGCAGAAGCAGGGAGAAGACUGGCGUGUGGGUGAGGAUACCCCGUCGUAUGUACAGACGUGUGCCCAUGAGGUAGGGAGACAGGCUUGGCAGAAAGAGGCCUGGGGGCUCCAGCACUUCCUAUGCCACUGUGUGCCUGCUGCAAAAGCAGGACAGGGGGCUUUAUUCCCAUUGUCCAGAGGAGAAAAUUGAGGCUUAGCUCAGUCAAAGUCACACAACUCAGCCAAUCAGGGUGGGCAGAGUCACGUCUUCUGAUUCCAAGGCCAGAGCCCCUUUAUCACACCAGGCUGCUUCUCAGAAUGGGGCCAAUUGUGUGGUGAUACUGGGGAAAAUGCUAUUUGUUCAUCAAGGAAAUACAGAUUAAAAUUCUAAUACCACACACACACACACACACACACACACACACCAGCAUGGCUGAAAUAAAUAAGACAGACCAAAAAAUCAAAUGUUGGUGAGGAUGUAAUAAAAAACCAAAACAGAAUCCAGUGUCAUUGAGCAACUAAAACCCUUAUACAAGACUGAAUGAGAAUGUCCAUUGGUGUAGUAGCACUUUGUGAAAGUUAUGUAACACAUACACUAAAACUGAACAUACACAAACCCUAUAACAAGCAAAUCCACUCUUAGGUACUAGAACGUUCAUAGUAGCACUAUCCAUAAAGCCGAAAACCUGGAAAUACCCAAAUGCCCAUCAAUAAUAUAAUGGACAAAAAUAUUGUGAUACGUUUAUACAACGGAAUACUAAAUAGCAAUACGAAUGAUCAAACUAUAACUACACACAACCACAGGAAUAAGUGGCACAAACAUAAUGUUGAGCAAAAGCAGCAUCCACCAAAGAGUAUAUAUUAAAUGAACCCACUAUAUAUAGUAUUCAAACCAGGCAAAACUACUUAGUUUAACACCCUCAUGUAACUAGCUCCCACGAAAUCCCAAAAUACAUGGGGGGAGAGAAAGCUCUUCCUUAUGGUGAAACUGAAACUGAAACUAAUAAAUACCUUAUUUAUUAGUUAGGGAAUUAUGGGGUUUGAAAAUUACAUUUGGCCACCAUCAUAGUAAUAACUGAUUUUGGCAAGAAUCAUCAAUGGAUAUGACAAUUAGUGGGUAAAAAGUUUGAUGGAGAACAGGAUAUUUAUAUAAUCUCAGGUGACUCCCCCCAAGUACUUAUUAAUACAAAUGGGAAACAGUCACAAGAGUGGUAGACUCCACCUUCACCACGAUCCAAGUGAGUAUCACUAGUAAUAGACAAAGAGGCAGUGUAUACUCCUGAGAUGAUACACCAAGGACACAAUGUCACUUCUGUGAUAAUCCUGCCAAAAAUCAAUAACCUGAAUCUAAUCAUGAAGAAACAUCAGACAAUCCUAAACCGAAGAAUAUUCAUUGAAACAACCAGCCUGUCUUUUUAAAACUGUCAAGCUCAUGAAAAGACAAAGGCUGAGGAGCGACUCCAAAUCAAAUGAGAUACGAAAACAUAACAACCCAAGCCAACUUGUGAUCCUACAUCAAAUCCUGGACCAGGAAAAAAUAAAAGUUUUUCAAUAAAGGAUAUUGUUGGCACCAUUGACAAAAUUUGAGUAAGAAGGUCUAUAGAUUAGAUAAUAAUAUUUAAUCAAUGUUAACAUCCCAAUUUUGGUAACAGAAACAAAAAAAUUUAUCCUCGUUCUUGGGAAAUACGCACUGAAAUAUUUUGGGGUAAUAUGCAUAACAGACUAACUCAUAACAACCCAAAACUAGAAACAACCCCAACAUGGGGACGGGAUAAACAGUGGUAUGUCGAUACAAUGAAAUACUACUCAGCCAUAUAAAAGAAUGAACUACUGAUACAUACAACUAAAUAGAUGAACCCCAAAUAAUUAUGCUGAGUGGCGCCUGGCUGGCUCAGUUGGUAGAGCAUGCGAUUUGAUCUGGGAAUGAGUUCAAGCCCCAUGUUGGGUGUAGAGAUUACUUAAAAAAAAAAUCCAAGAUAAUUAGGUUAAAUGAAAGCAGCCAGGUUACUCUCAAAUGGCUCAGAAAAAAGAAACCCAUAUGUAUAUAAUUACAUAAAAACAUUACAUAUAUUUAUACAAACAUACAGAGAGUGGGGAGCGGAAAAGAAUGGUAAAACGGAUGUAGUAAACUGUUAAUUGUUGGUAAAUGGUGUGAAGGAUAAAUGGGAGUUCUUUGUGCUGGUCUUGAAACUUUUCUAUAAAUUUACAAUUAUUUCAAAAUAAAGAUUUAAGUAACUGACUGAAUGAUACCAUUUGUCGUGUUUGUAUUACUAUUUACAUACUUAUUUACUGAUGGACACUUUGCAUAAAGCCUGAGGUGUACAGUUUGAUAGGUUUUGGCAAUUGUGCCAAAGCCCACCACCCACACCAAGGUGGAAACCCAUCUCUCACACCUCCUUCCCGUCAUCCCCUCCUCCUACCCUGAGGCAGCCGAACGCUGCUCUGAUUUCUAUCACCACGAUUAGUUUUGCUUGUUCUGGAUUUUCACAUAGAUGGAAUCAUUCCAUAUGGACCUUUUUUUUUUUUUUUUUUUUUGCCUCUCUGCUUUCACGCAGCAUGAUUACUUUGAGAUUCCUUCAUGUAGCUGCAUGUAUCAGCAGUUCGUUCCUUUUGAUGGCUGAGGAGUAUUUCAUUGUACCACUUUAUCUGGUCACCUGUUGAUGGAAUUCGGGGGUGUUUCUAGCUUUUGGUUAUUAUGAAUAAGCCGGCUAUGGAUAUGCUUGUGUAAGUCUUUGUGGGGACCUGUGUUUUCAUGGUACCACCUGUCUCCCUCUGGAGAUAACUCUGCCCUCGACCUCACUCACAUACAGGGGUGGACAUAUAACCGUGGGCUUUUAAGAAUACCAGAAAAGCUUCCUGAUCCAAAUGAUCUCUUCUAAAAAUGUCCGAGUUUCCACCAUUAACUGUCUCUUCUUCUGAGGCUACCUGAGCUCUAGCUGGUCCGAAAUUUUAUUGUAAGGGAGUUUACCAAUAUUUUUUUC